GCAAACUGUAGCACGUGUAGCUAAUGUUCUGACCAAUCAGCUCCACUUGAGCUGAGGGCUAUAAAUCUGAGGCGGUUGCCUUAGAGACGUCUGCCCGUGGAGAGUUGAGCACAAGAACCCGUGAUAUCUCGGAAGAAAAGCGUGUGAUGAGCACCAAGUUGCUGCAAAGCGUACUUGAGACGGCUUCCUCCCUCUUGACCUUUAGACAACACAAUGUCUGAUGUGAAAGCCUGUCCCACUGUCACUGGAAAUCCCCCUCCGCCGGAGGUGAUAAAUCACAAGAGGCCUGGACGUGUGACGAAUCAGCUACAGUAUCUGGAAAAGGUGGUGGUCAAAGCUUUAUGGAGGCAUCACAUGUCUUGGCCCUUUCACCAGCCUGUUGAUGCAGUAACACUGCGUAUCCCAGAUUAUUAUACAAUAAUUACAGAGCCUAUGGAUCUGGGCACUAUUAAGAGGCGUCUUCAGAACAGAUACUACUAUCAGGCACUUGAUUGUAUACAAGACUUCAACACCAUGUUCACCAACUGUUAUAAGUACAAUCAGCCUGGUGAUGACAUCAUUUUUAUGGCGCAGACCCUGGAGAAGCUGUUUUUGCAGAAAGUGUCUAAAAUGCCUGAGAAAGAGUAUGAAAUUACAGCAGUCAUUACAAAUGAACCAAUGAAAGGGAGAAAGACAAGCAGAGGUGCAUUAAAGCAGAGAUCUCAUGAGUCAGAAGUUUUUCUCCAGCAGACAGUGAUGGUCAUUCCUCCUGAUGUGCAUCAAUUCCCAUUGCAUGAAAUUAAAAAGGGUUUUAAGAGGAAAGCAGACACCACGUCACUGCUUACCAGCAGUGAGGCCUCCCCUACUGACCAGCAUUCAGCACCUUCUACAUUAUCAUCCAGGAGAGGCAGUGGAAGGCCCAUCAGACCUCCUAAGAAAGACUUUCCUGUCCUUGAGGGCCAGAAGGUCGGACUGUCUGAGCCGCUCAGGUAUUGCAGUGACAUCCUUAAGGAGAUGCUCUCAAAGAGGCACUAUGCAUAUGCGUGGCCCUUUUAUACCCCAGUUGAUGUGGUUACUUUGGGAUUACAUGACUACCAUGACAUCAUCAAGCAGCCAAUGGACCUGAGUACCAUCAAGAAAAUGGAUCAGCAAGAGUAUGCCAACGCAAAAGAAUUUGCUGCUGAUGUCCGACUGAUGUUCUCCAACUGUUACAAAUACAAUCCACCUUCGCACGAGGUGGUCUAUAUGGCAAGAAAACUCCAGGAUGUUUUUGAGGCCCGUUAUCUGAAGGUUCCCCAAGAACCAGAGGGUUGUCCCGUACCUCCUCAACGAGUUGUCAAGGGAAAUGUAGACCGAGUUGGAAGUCUGUCAACCUCAGCAAGUUCUGAAAGUGAAAGCUCCUUGGACACAGAAAGUUCCUCAGAAGAGGUGGCCCUGCAGCUGGCCAAUCUGGAGGAACGGUUGAAAGUGGUCAGUGAUCAGCUGAAGAAGCUCACCCAAGAGCCCCCGAUGAAACCAAAGAAAAAAGACAAGUUGAAAAAGGAAAAACGGUCUAAAGAAAAGGACACAGCUCGACUAAUGUCCACAUACUCAAAAUGCAAAUCUGUUGUUGAAAAAAUUGCCACUAACAAGUGCUUUUCUAUGCUUGGCAGCAGACACAGAGUACCCCUAAAACAUGAGGAUGAGGCCCUAUCGCUACCAAUGACUUACCAGGAGAAAAUGCAGUUAAAACAGGACAUUGAUAAGCUUCCCGGUGACAAACUGGGCAAGCUGGUGAAAAUCAUUCAUGCCAGAGAGCAUUGCCUGCGAGAUUCCACUCUAGAGGACAUUGAGGUCGACUUUGCAAUGCUCAAGCCUUCCACACUGAGAGCCCUGCAGAGGUUUGUUGCAGCCUGUCUGAGGAAAUGCAACAAGAAUGCCAAAAAAAAGCUGGUGAAGCCCACAGGAGGAAACCAGACUGGGAAAGGAACAGGGACAUGUGAGGUUGCCGGUAAAGAGCAGCACUUCAUUAAGAAAAAAAGGCUCAUAGCUAAAGCCACAGCAUCUCCUGAUCUCAGCUGCCCGGCAUUCAGCAGCUUGUCAUCCAGCUCUCCCAGCGGCAGCAGCAGUAGUUGUCAUUCUAGCACUUCUGAUAACAGUGACUCUGAAUCAGUGCUGAAAACAAAGAAGCCAAAAAGUAAAGACUCCUGCCGAAAGGUUAAAACAAAGCCAAAGCUGAGUCAUCCUGCAUGCAGAAAGGUAUUGGAGACCAAAGAUUUGAGAAAAGCUGCAUUGAAGACUUUCCAGCCUCCUGCUGCCCAGUCCUCUGUAGCAGACAUUAAUAGCCACGCGGUGCACUGUGCUGGAGACCACACCUGUGAUGAGCCAAUUUUGUCACCUCCAGAUUUGUCCGCCCUUCUAUCCCCCAUGGUGUCUCCAGGAAUUCUGAUUGACUGGGCUGCUGCCAGAUUUGAGCAGGGCCCGGUGCUGUCCCCUCUGAGAGACAGCCCAGUGCAGACCAGAGACGAGACUGGGUCAAAUUUCAGAUACCCUGAGGAUUUUCCUGACAGUCAGUUGACUAAUGUGUCUCACACCAAUACAGCAAGUAAAUCUGCUGAAGAGGAAAGACCCCACAUUUCCAAAAAGGACAUUGUUCUGAAAAAUGCUGAGUCUUGGGCAAGACUGGUGAGACAGUCAGUCACUUCAACUGCAAUCAAGUCCUCAAAGGAGAGCUUCCAGCACUUCCGUAAGGCUGCCAUGGAAAAGGAGGAGCGUGAAAAAGCACUGAGGAAGAAACAGCUGGCAGAAAACGAGGAGAAGGAGUUUCCUGAAAAGAGCAGCCUACCAGGCUUGUAUAAAGCUGAACCAAAUCCACAACCUGUCAAAGAGGAUCCUGAUUCACCAGAGCACAUUUGCACCGAGGUUACCUCAGAUGCUCCCAGAAAUGUUGAGCAGCAAAAGCCGCAGCCUCUAACCACACAGUUCUCAGUGGACAAGGAAAGAGAGAUAGCCCGUAAGAAGGAACAAGAACGUCGCAGGCGCGAGGCUAUGUCUGGUAUUGACAUGACCAUGCAGCAGGACAUCAUGACUACCUUUGAGCUGAACCUGGACUAAAAAUCUAUUGUGAUUUACUUGAAAAUGUGUCCUUUUUAUUUUAAGACUUCUAAACGGUGUCUCACAGUAACCUGAACUGUUGGUUCUUCUAGAGAUGAAACAUGACAGCUUAAGCUUUAUGUACAUUCUAGAGACCAAAAAUAUCAAACUAAUUGUGGAAACAAGAACAACGGAUAAAUGUUUUGUUCUUAAAUUCUGUUUGCAUGGUUGGCAAAUGUUUGCACUGAUGCACUCCUGAUUGUGAGAUGAUUGGGGUGCAGCACUUUCAGAAUUCAAGCUUCAGUCUGAACUUUCCUCCUUGUUUUUCUGUUAUUCUGACACCUGGAUGAGUAUUUCUACAACUGCCACUCAUGUGUGACAAGCUAAUUAAAGCAUCCAUACACUGUAGGUAAAUGCCACAGUCUUGUUUGCUGAAAUGUGCAGUGUUUGUUCUUGUGUUUAAGGAAUCCCAGUCACUGAACCCCGACCACUUUAUUCUCCCUAAAACUAUAUUGAAUGCAGACAGAACACUGGUUAUAUAUGCAAGUUACAUGCACACUGACUUUUCUUUACAAAACAUGUUUGCACAAAAGAGAGAGAGGUAUAGUUUGGGCAGAGGUUGAUGAUAGUUCUCAUUAGGGUUUCCAAUGUGAAUUUAAGAGAAACUGAAUAUCCCUAAUUUUUCACUACGUGAAAAGGUUAUACUGUGUUUAGAAUAUAUGCACUGCACUUUGUUCAUACAGUUCUGGCUGUGUUCCGGUGUUUUUGGUCAUUAUCAGCAUAUUCUGUAUGUUACAGGUUGUAUAUGUGAAAAGAAAACUUUUUUUUUUUUACUCAAAAUAAAACCAUUUGCAUUC